AAAAUAAACUAAAACACCCGAAUAAUUGUAUUCAAAUGGUCGGAACAAUUAAGUCUUAUUAUUGUCGCUCAUUAAUCAUUUGCUUAACUUGAACUCAUAGAUGACUCUGUUAGUGAGAAGUGAGAGGAAAGGUGAGUAGCUUCAAAUGAACAGUAAGUAUAGCCACAAUUCAAUUCCAGAUAUCCCCGAAUGUUGCACGAAAUAGUGUACCUUUUGUUCGGCAAAGCGGGCAGUCUUUUUCACACCACAAAUUCUUCAAUUGAAGUGAACGAAGACAUCCCGUUUUUCCACCCCCAUGAAGUAGUUUUGAUUAAUCAGUUGGGUCGACUUGGAUUCUGUUAUAUGAAGUUGGAGCUCUUUGUUGAAAAUAACUGCACAGCAACUAGUUUGUACCGAUCAGCGUUUGUUUCUGGACUCAAUGUGUAUUUGAACCAGUACAGACAGACCUUGGUUGACCUUGAGAACGAUCUUUUGACCUCUACAAAAGCGACGCUGUCUACGAUUAAGCACAGAGUAACUUAUCCAUAUCAGUUUGUACUGCCUGACUUGUGGAGUUUAUGUCAGAGUAUAGACGAGAAAAACGCGAAUGACGUUACAAUAUUGGAUCUGCUGCAUUAUUUGACUACUAGUGGAAAGAGUGAUUUGUGUGAGGCUCUAAGACUGAUACAGUUUCAUUGUCACAAUGUGUUCUUUGCUCAGGUGAGUUCUCUGAUGUUGCAUGGACUGCUGUUGGACAUGAACGAGGAGUUCUUCAUUGUGAAGCGGGAGCUGAGAGGGGGAGGAGGAGGAGGAGGAGUGGGCGAGAAUGGGGCAGGGGAUGAAGACGGGAAUGAAGUUGCAGAAGCAAAUGAAGACAACCAGUUGGUCUCUUCCUCUUCUGCUGUGGCUGUGGCUGCUGUUGUGCCGACUGAGCUCGACGACAGGGUGGAUCUGAAAUGUUCCUUCCACAUCCUCCAUCACAGACUCCCCCCUUACAUACUCCCUCACGUGGCAGAGAAGAUGAGAUUUGUGGGGGAGUCUGUGCGCAUGUUCCAACACGACUCACACAACAACACCAGAUACGAGUCCUUCUUUGCCAAGGAAUCCUAUUUCGCACAGCAGUUGGAUGAUCUUGCAAACAAGGAAAGAUUCUCAAUACGAGAGUUUGAACACGUGGUAGAAGAUAUCCGAAGUCACGUGGCCAAAGAACUCUGGUCACUUAUUGUGGAGCAGUCUAACCUUGUCUCCGCCUACGAGCAGAUCCGAAGCUUCCAUCUUCUCGGAGACGGACAACUCAUGCUUCUUUUCAUUCACUUAGCCAAACCAAUUCUAUAUUUCCCAAUUGGCCGAAACACAGAGUACGAUGUAAACUGCGCUCUCCUACGCGCUCAUUCGACCUUGAACCCAGUCACCUCGUUUGACCUUAAGUUCACUGACCUUGACCGAGUAAAAUUAUCCUUAGACAAACUGGUAAGCCCGAAUAUGACUGGUAAUGGAGAUGAUCCAGGGUCCAAACGAGAAACAAGUGGCGAUAAUUGGUCCAGGGUUUCGAUUGGAUACGAACCUCAAUGGCCUUUACAUUUCGUGUUUACGACCUCAAUUUUAGAUAGAUGUAACAAAUUGUUCAAAUUCCUGCUAAACAUCAAACUAAUUGAAGACGAAUUGCACCAAAUAUGGGUCAAUUUAAUCUCGAUGCGCAAAUCAAGUUUGGCCAAAAAGCUACCAACGUUUUUCAAUGCCAGGGCCUGCAUGUCGUUUUUGGUCGAAAACUUUUACUAUUAUCUACAAGUUGAUGUUAUAAGUUCCAAUUACCUAAAAACCAUCACAGCAAUAAAUAGUACAAAAGAUUAUGAGACAUUGAUAGUUGAAAAUGAGAAGUUUAUAUCUCAAAUAAUGGUUCAAAGCUUCGUCGAAAUGGCGCCUGUGAAGAACUGCGUGACGAAUAUUCUAGAAGUUUGUCACAUCUAUCAUCGGCUGAUUGAGAAAAUAUCGAUUGAUGACUCAAUGGAUCAGAAACAUCAGGAUGUUUUUGAGAAAGUCGUUCGCAAAUUCAACAAACAGUCAUCGACUCUCUAUAAGACGCUAAGUAGUGUUAUGGGAUACCAACCGAACCCGUAUCUCUGCCAGUUAUUGAUGCGGCUGGAUUUCAACGGGUUUUAUUCGGAGUGUAACGGGAGUCUGAUCAAAUUGUAGGCAACGAACAAACGAAAAUAAUUGCGUCGAAAACUUUUCCCUAACUGUAGAUCAAAAGGGCGUAUUCAUGUAUAGUAACAUUUGAUACGCUAAUUUUGUAAAGAAACUAUUGAUAAUUAAAUAUAAUUUUUACGGACUCUGUCUCCGCAAAUUUGAGUCUUUUUCAAAGUUUCAUUCAUCUCAUUCACUUUAUA